GGUUCCGGGACACUUUGAAGCCUAAAAAAGUGUUUAUCUAUCAAACCAAAGGGUAAGACAGCUCGACAUAGCUUACCUAUCAACCCAAAAAGUAAGACAGCUCGACAUAAAACCCCAUUUUAUUGAUUUAAGAACACCCUCAGGCCAAAAUCCCCCCGGAACCAUCAUACUAUAUACUACUCAUAAAUAGAAUACUAUAAGGCAGGCGGGAACCGACGAGUCCUUUUUUAUAAUUAAAAUAUAUAUAAAUGAGUUUACAAAAACAAAUAUAUUGUUUAAAAGAACGAACAUACACCGAUAAUGUAAAUCCUCAAUAUGUUACAACAAAAAACGGAAGAUUAAUGAUAAAAGCCGCGUGUGCUUCAUGCGGUAAAUUGAAAUCUAAGUUUGUAAAACAAGGCGGUUAAUCAUGAGUAAAAAAAAUGUUUAUCCAACCUUAGGAACCAACUUUUAAAUAGUUGCAGCCUAUAAAUCAAUAUGUCGUUCCGUAUCACGUGGACAGUUUUUCCGCUAAAGAUCAAUAGUGAAACGUCAUCCAAUAUCCAGAACAUUCGCCUAGUGUGCAGCUCAAUAGAUGUUAAAUGCGUUGUCAUUAUUUCAUCAGCCAGGAAUACAGAGUGGUUAGACAGAAUGGCUGAACAAUUUGCGAUAGAGAUGUUUAAAUAUAUAAAAUCCCUGGAAGAUUUUCUUUCUCGUAAAACGGAGAACGGAGAAGUAAUUACGCAGGAUGAAUACAGUAAAAUGUGUACUUAUAAAAACACAAUUGAGUACAUUUCUAACAUUCAUAAUUUUAUGAAAGAUCAUGCUCAACAACAAGUUACAGAAGAUCAAAUGGCUUCGUUGAAUAAUAAACAAAAAGACUUAAUAAGAACAGAUGAGUUAGAAAAAAUUAACGAUUUGGGAUUGAAAUCAUUGCAGCAGGUUCCAGAUGUGCAACAAAACCUACGUCAACAAAGUAAUAAAACAAAAGCAAAAAAAACAUACAAUCAAGUGAAAAAUGAGGUACAAAAAUCAUAUUCAAAAGAUCGGAACUUGGCUGGAGAGGUUACGUUGGAGCUUGAAAACACCGACAGCUGUUUUAAAACUUUAAAAACACUAGACAGACAUACGCAGAGUGCUGGAAGAACAAAGUUGUUAUAUAACAUUAUCAAAAAGGAGAAGUUUUAAAAAAAAUCAAGGAUUUUGUAAAAGGUGGAUUUUUUAAUAAAAUUAAAGAAAAU